AUGCUACUGGACAACUUUUUCAACCAGUUAGCACGGUCGAUGGAAUCAUUGUCAGCAGAUUUUGCUACCAAAUCAUCCGCUAAUAACUUCGACUGGAAAAGACGUAUGCCUCCUGAACUUGCAAUAGUUCCACUUUUGCGAGCAGUUUUGGAAAUAAGACGAAAAUCCCAACGAGAGGGUGCUGUUCCAUCGCCACGACCACGUCCACUUUUCCCGCGAUCACUAAAACGACCUCGACCACGUGAAGAUGAUUGCUGGUCAAUUACGGCCGUUGAUAUUUACAAGCGACUUUUGGAGAAAGAACGUAAUGUCGAUGAUACAUUUGCUUUCAAUCUGAUUCGCCCAAUAGGUUCCGUGGCUGGUGAAUUGAUUUGGCCACGAACCUAUGAUUCUUCGAAUGAGUUGACGUUUGAUGAAAAUGGUGUCGCAUAUCCACUUCAUGAACGUCCAUCACUUUCCAGAAUUUUGGGACGUUCCAGGAUUUCUGUGUACAAUGGCAAUAUCGCCAAUAAGGAGGGAUACAAUUACUAUAGGAAGUUCCGAUAA